AUGGCUCUCGCACCCGUAGCAGGCGCAAUUGCAGGCGUUACCGCAGCUGCCGCCUACAUCGACGCCAAAUACCACAUCACCAAAGACCUCAAGAGCCAACGCGUCCUGAAGGCGGCCGCGCGCGACCUCGAGAGAAAUGCACAAGGCAAGGGCCAGUCUCUGUGGUACCAAUUCGAAGCCCAAGUCCGCCGCCUGCCCUCGACCGAAGAAUGCAUCUGGUCUCGCACCGGCUGCUACACAUGGGCCGAAACCUAUGCCAAUGCCUGCCGAUAUGGCCAAUACCUCCGCCAAAAUGGCGUUGUCCCCGGUCAGCUCUUCGCCAUGUACAUGAUGAACCGCCCCGAAUUCUUAUUCGCACACCUCGGUAGCUGGAGCAUAGGAAGCGCGCCAGCGUGGAUCAACUACAACCUCGCAGGCGAUGCGCUGGUGCACUGCUUGAAAGUGAGUGGCGCCAAGGUGUUGCUUGUGGAUGAGGAUCAAGAGUGCAGAGAUCGUAUCGAAGCUGUGAGAGAGAGGCUGGAAAAUGAACUGGGCAUGACUGUCCUAGUCCUCGACACGGCUCUGAAGGGAGAGAUAUCCAGGCUGGAACCCGCGAGGCCCGAGGAUGAGCUUCGGGUGGGCAUGAAGGGAAAGUUCCCCCUCUUCCUGUUCUAUACAAGUGGCACGACUGGACACCCAAAAGCUUGUCCUUUCGAAACCCAGAGAGCGGUCGGUUUGACUCAACGUGUAGGUGCAAUGGGGCUGAAGUCCGGGCCCAACGGCGACAGAUGGUAUGUCUGCAUGCCUCUAUACCACGGCACUGGAGGCACUACAGCACUCGUCUGCAUGGUCACCGGUCUCACAUGCUGUAUCGGAACCAAGUUCUCAACAUCCAGAUUCUGGACCGACGUACGCGAUUCGAGAUCUACCGCCAUCGUCUAUGUAGGAGAGACCGCUCGUUACCUUCUCAACGCCCCUCCAAGCGAUCUGGAUCGGAAGCACAAUGUCCGAGCCAUGUUCGGAAAUGGCCUUCGCCCUGACGUAUGGCAGCGAUUUGUCGACCGCUUCGGCAUCGAGGUCGUUGGUGAAUUCUUCAACAGCACAGAAGGCGUCAUGGCGCUGUUCAACGGUUCUCGUGGACCCUUUACCGCCACGUCAGUCGGCCACCAGGGUAUCAUCGAUCGCUGGCGCACCCACAAUACCUACGUCCCCGUCGAGGUCGAUAUCGUGACAGGAGAUCUCCUCCGUGAUCCCAAGACCGGCUUCUGCAAACGAAAGGCCUAUGAGGAGGGAAGUGAGAUUCUCGUCCAGAUGCCAAGCGAGCAAGCUUUUGUCGGCUACUGGAACAACCCCGAUGCCACAGAGAAACGCUUCGAGCGCAAUGUCUUCAAGAAAGGCGACCUCUAUUACCGCACUGGCGACGCACUGCGCCGCGACGCUGAUGGCCGUUGGUUCUUCAUGGACCGCCUCGGUGACACCUUUCGCUGGAAAUCUGAGAACGUCAGUACAGCAGAAGUCAGCGAAGCACUUGGCUCCUUCCCAGGGAUUCAAGAGGCAAACGUUUAUGGCGUCGAAGUGCCUGGCUUUGAUGGUCGAGCAGGCUGUGCAGCUAUUUACAUCGACCCUGCUCAUCUAGACUCCUUCAAUUUCAACGCGCUACUUGCGCAUGCGAAGAAGAAGCUGCCAAAGUACGCAGUACCUGUGUUCUUGAGGGUCCAGAAACAACAAACGACAAUGCACAACAACAAGCAGAACAAGGUUCCAUUGAGGAACGAUGGCAUCGAUCUAAGGAAGCUUAUGGAAAGGGCGGACAAGGAAGCCAAGGAGCAAGGGAAAGAAGAGGCUGAGUACGACACCAUGUACUGGCACCCUGCUGCUCUUGGAUCUGGCAAGGGCAAGACUGGUAGCGACGACGGCUAUGUUGUUUUUACCAUGGCGGACUGGGAUUUGCUUAAGGGAAGCGUGGAUGUAGAGGGCGGUGCCAAACUAUAA